AUGAAGCGAGCUGCUUGGCUGCUGGCUUUACUCUCUGGAGGAGGUGCUGAGCAGCUCGUGGAGUUCCACGGCCGCGAUGGAGAGCGCGAGCUGCUCACUGUGACAUCCGAUCGACCAGAGCGGCUCUGCCUGCGAGCCUUCGAGCAGCCUCCCUUCUACGCCUGGCCAGUGAUGCAGGUGUACCUGGGGAUACAGCUGAAGGUGAUCGAGGAAUCAAGCGGGUCUGGAAGUAAUUUCUUCGCUUGGCUUUUCCCCGGGCAGACAUCGAGACUUCAGCUCGACGUGCAGACGCAGUCUCCUGGGCUCCUCUGUCGCAUUGUCGGACCUUGGAUUCGGCCAUUGCUGCCGGGGGUUUGCAAGGAUUGCAGCUCAAGGUGUCCGGCAAGACUGCACCGUCGGGGUGAACAGUUGGCGGUCUUCUUGCCUCCAACGGGUGGCUGUGUUUACAUUCGCAAGGUGCCAGCAGACGUUGAGCGACUUCGCGUCGCAUGGCAUUGGCAUUUGGACUUGUCGGUCUUCGUUUUCCUCAUGGCCGGCCUCACCCUUGUGGUUGCAUGGAGGCCAUUGUCUGAGAGUUCUGUUUUCCAUGCCGGACUGGGAGGACUUGGAUCUUUGGUGUUGAUUGGCACCAUGGUGUCCUUCUGGAUUGUCAAAAGUGCGCGUGGCACUCUUCACGGAACGAUACCUUUCGGCCGUUGGUUGACGACCCUAGCGGCUGCAGUGUUUGCGUUCAUUCCGGCCGCCCGAAACGUAAUCCUUGCAUGGGGCUGGCGAUGGCUCCCUGCCCCCGAUUGGCACAUGUGGCUCAGCAUGCGAGAUCCUUUCUUUGAGCUGCCGGUCGGUUGGCUCGUAUUCGGGCUGGUGAUCUUGAUCUGCUUGGUAUUGGUGCACCUAGGCGCCAGCCUGGCGAUACGAUACUUUGCAUCGGCGCCGGAGCCGCAAGGUGAAGUGGAGUUUCUUAUUGGGAGCGACGGCCGCCGAGUCGACCUUUUGCCCCCAGUUCCAGUUUCGCAGAGGAUUCUCGGCUGGACCAUUUGGCUCUUUGGGCUCGGACUUCUGCUUUCAGGCACUCAUUCCGAUGUCUGCUCAGCCAUGCUCGUCGUGGCAGUGCUGUUGAAGGAUCAUGUGAUACACCUCGUGUGCUUGGCGAAGAUGUGGAGAGAAGCUGAAGUUCAGCCGAAGGACUUGCAUGACCUCAUGUCUGCCAAUCAGAUGCACGCAGAGGCAAGCGCCGCAACCACACAGGCGCUGGCGCAGCUACAGAGAUAUCUCAAGGAGCACCCGACUGUCGUGCAGAAAGUCCGGGAGGACACGGAGUUGACUCUCCGGCGCUUCUCCGUGGACGGGAGUCUUCCGCGACAACCUGAGGUCCCUGUCACUGCGACAUCCCGGUCGUCGUGUUGCUUGCAGUGA